CCUAUUGUUUGGCAACCCAAAUUUUUUCUUUUAAUAUUGUACGUUUUGUUUUCUAUGUAUUUUUACUGAAUCGAAUCGGCCUAAUUGGCCAAACUUUCUAUAGUUAAGAACCUAGACAAUUUCCAUAAUAUUGGAGAUGGAAGACAACUCGCAUCCUCACCCAUCGAAGAGAGGAAGAAAAAGAAACCGUGGAAGGGGACGCACAUCAGGAGGUUCGCAUAGAAAACGAGGAGGGAAAAGUAACAACACAGAUCUAGAUGAGGAUGAUGACUUGGAUCUUGAACUGGCUUUCAACUCCCUUCCCUCUUUCAGCCUUGAUGUCAAACUUAGUUCAGAUAAAUAUGAACAUCAUUUUGUUCAAGAGAUGCAAGGAAAAGAUUUCACAAUUGCAUACAUUCAAAAAAAUGGUUUCAGCACACCUUUACUAUUUAAAGACAAAUAUGGAUUGGAUAUCAAAGUUCCAAAAUCUGAUUUCUCAGUUGGAGAUGUUAGGCAAUGUGUUGGCUCUCGACGCAUGGUGGAUGUCAUGGAAGUUGCAACUCAAAGAAAUCUAGAAAUGACUAUGAAAGAAUGGCAACAAUACUAUGAGAGUCCACAUAAAGACGGUCGUUUGCUCAAUGUCAUUAGUCUGGAGUUUUCCCACACUAAAUUAGAACACAUGGUUCAUCCGCCUCAUACAGUCAGUCUUCUUGACUGGGUAGAGGUUAUGUGGCCUCGUGCCCUGAAGGCACUUCAAAAAGACUCUACUAAUUCAAUGGAUGAUAUGUGGUACCCUAAAGUUCAAAAAUAUUGUUUAAUGAGCGUGGCUGGAUGUUACACCGAUUUUCACAUUGAUUUUGGUGGUACUUCAGUCUGGUAUCACAUUCUUAAAGGCUCGAAGGUUUUCUGGUUGAUACCCCCGACGGAGCGAAAUUUGCAAUUGUAUGAGCAAUGGACUUUAUCUGGCAAACAAAGCGACAUCUUUUUUGGUGAUCUGGUCGAGAAAUGUGGCCGUGUACAUUUGGAGGCUGGCAACACUUUUCUCAUUCCCUCUGGAUGGAUACAUGCAGUUUACACACCAACAGACUCUCUCGUUUUCGGUGGCAAUUUUCUUCAUAGCUUUGCUAUCGAGAAUCAGUUGCGGAUCGCACAGUUGGAAGAUAGUACGCGCGUACCUGCCAAAUUCCGUUUUCCAUUUUACACGGAAAUGCUAUGGUACGUUCUUGAAAGAUACGUUUACACUCUGCUGGGAAAAGACCAUUUGGAUUUGUCUCAGCUCCAACAGGGGCAGACGCCUAUCGAAAAAGCUAUUCAAAAUCACCAACCACAUGUACACUUGACAGCCAAUGAAUUGCACGGUCUUAGAGCAAUUGUGCUCUAUUUACAUUCGCUGGCACCUACACGCAAGAACGUUCCUGAGCUACUUGUCAAUCCCGUCGCGCUUAUACAAGACGUUCGGACACUAGUUGAGCAGCAUAGGAAGGAUCAGACUCAUCUGGCCAUAUCAGGAGUACCAGUUGUAAGGAUGCAGCAACCAACCAACUCUAAAAGCAAGAAACUAUUACCUAGUUCAUCUAGUGCCGCAUCACCUCUAGCCCAUAAAAUGGGCAUUGCCUGCAAUUCUUCGCGUUCGUCAGUGCCACAAAUUACACCCGGCUGUUCCAGUUCUCACGUUUCCGUAAUUGUGAAAAGAGAAGUUCUUGAUUACAACUUGGAGCAUGUAAUUGCGAAAAAGGAAGUGCCUAUUGCCAUUAAGAAGGAGGAACCAGUGGAAGAAUCGCAGGAACCCGACAGUGACCCUAUCGUAAAGACUGAGGUCAGAUACCCACAUUCAAAAAUGGAAUCCCCAUUUCCGCACCUGAGAGAUCAGCUCAGGCAGCAACAACAACAAGAUAUGGCAAAAAAGUUGCGGCAGCCUGUCGUUACGCACCAUACCACAGUUGGCCGCAUUGAUUCCCAAGUCCAAAGAAGGAAAGCAUCUGGAAUUUUACUUGGGCAGUUAUCGGAUAAGCUCGAAUUGAUUCUGCGACCGGAAGUUCUCAUACCAGUUUUUCAACAUCUUUCUAUUGCUGAUUUACUGGCUUGCAUGCAAGUCUGUCGGUCAUGGAAUCGCUAUUCUAUUGAUCCAUCUCUAUGGAAGUUGAUGGAUCUCUCCCAUCGGCAACUAACACCUAUAAUGUUGGCCGGAAUUAUUCGCCGCCAACCCAGGUGCUUGGUCAUGGAUUGGUCUUCCUUUUCCCAUCAGCAGUGUGCAUGGCUUAUGGAUCGCCUGCCCAACUUAACCACCCUUAGUAUGCAAGGCUGUAACGCAAGCGUCCUUGACGCUCUAAAACUUCCUUUGCUGACGCCAGCUGCCCUCAGUCGUGCGUUUCAGCCUAAACUAACGGUCCUUGAUCUCAGCUGGGUAUCUGGCUUAAAUGAUAUUUUGAUAGAGAAGUUUAUCUUACCCUCGUCUUUACAUCGACUGUCGAACAUAAAGCAGUUGGCUUUGGCUGGAAGUCAGCUAACCGACAAAUCUUUAAUUGCGUUUGCCACAUCCUUCCCAGCCCUAGACAGUAUUUGUUUAGCUUACUGUUUACAACUUACGUCACAUGGAUUACGUUCCAUGUUAGUUUCGAAUAACGGACAGUUAAAUCGAAUUGAUCUAAUGGGCUGUACUCAGUUGCUGUCAUUUGACUACCCAACACUACAAAAAGAACUUUGCUUGAUUAAUCCGAGACUUUGUUUGGCUGAAGACAUCACGAGCGAUUCCCAACCAAUUCACCGCUGUUUUCGUUUAAGUUAACCUUCAUACAUAAUUAACAAUUGCAUGUUUAACGAUGACAUUUUUUUAAAAACUUUUGUAUGUUGUAGAAAGCUCGAAUAAAUAUUACUCUUGUAUGACCGAA